GGGUGGCUUUUGGGUGCGUUGAGGUGUGCGCUAAUGGUCGCGUUAUUAAACCGGCAGUUUGGGAGCGCGUGGCCAUGGCUGCACAGUCAUUUGCUGUGCUUUAUGCGCGCGUGCUAUUUUGCUGUCAGGUCGCAGGAGUGACGUCGCCAGGCCUCACAAAUGCGCCCCAUAAAAAGCGGCCGAGCUUGCCUAAAGGCUGCGCUCUUUACGCACGGCGUUCUUGUUGACAGGAGGGGGAAGGCAGGGGACGGGGAUGCUCAAACGAAUAAACAAAAGCACGUGGGGAUUUUUUUUGUCUUUUCUGGUGUGCGUGUGUGCAAAAUAGAAGAGUUUAAGCACCGGAACGUAUCAAUAAAAAUAUCUACGGAACUUUGGAUCAUUUCACUCCAUUUGUUUGGAUCAACUUUGUUUAAAAAAUAUUUCAUAAUAUUUACAACUAAAAAAUAUUUUUAUUGGUCAUGGUUGCUUAUAUGCACAAGCUACAAAUUAAAUAUUACUCUGAUUUCUUUAUUUUUAUUUUUAGAUUUUUGCAGAAACUUAAAAAAAAACAUAAAAUCUGAAUGCACACUACAGGACUAAUUGCAUCCUUCCACCGUCGGCAGCUUCAUAAAAGACACGCUGAAACUCUUUGUGGUCAUAAUUUGGUGUUACGAGCUCCAAACGUGCACGUGUGCGUGGCUCCCGUGUGUGUAGGGGUUCGGUCUCCCACGCUGCAGCGCUGCAGCCAGCCUCAGGUUGGAGCUGAGCGCGCGCCUGCACAUUCCCAGCUCAGCCCGGAAGAAUAAAAGAAAAAAAAAGCUUUCCAUCCAAUGGGCAUUUCCGAAGCAGUUGCUUUUGCGGGAGGGUAAUAUUCCGCUCGUGAGCAGUGGCUGGGUAUUUGCAUGCGUGGGCUGAUUAGUGGGUUGGGAAGACUCUCUUCCUCUCUUCCUCUCUCUCUCUCUCUCUCUCUCUCUCUCUGUGUCUCUCAAUGCCUCGGCCCCGUUUCCCGCGUGUCCUUCUCCCGCUUGACUGUGGUGCAGGGGGAAGUGUUUAUAUGGGGGAUGAUGACAGAGGUCGGGUCGCGCUAAUGGGCCAGUGAAGAGCGGCGAAGGGAGGCGAGGAGAGGCGAGGCGAGGCGCGCACAGCAGACCAGGAACACAUACAUUAAUACACUUGUUCCAUCACCAAUCAGCAUAGGUGUGCUCUUUCUCUUUACCCCCACCUCCAUCAACCACCCUCCCCCCCUCCCUCCCUCCUCCCCCUCACCCCCUCAUCACCCUCCCCUCGUUCUCUUCCCCACUCUCUCUCAUCCCGACUCUCUCAUUCGCUCUCUCACACGCCAGCGCACAUCCUCGCCAAACUCCGUGCGUCCUGACAUCUGAGUUCACUGUCAAUCUCUGUCUCCUUCGCAGGGAUAUUCCUUCCGUCUCCAUCGAAGACCACUGGAAACUAUUUUUUCCUCGCGUAAACUUCCUGAGAGAGACUGAUCCUGGUCGGCUUUAAUUUUUCCCCCUUUUUUUCUUCGGUUUGGAGAACCAUAGGCUGAAGCCUGCAUUUAACAAGGACUUUGACAACGGCCCAGGAUGCCCCAAAAAGAAUACCACAACCAAGCCACGUGGGAGUCUGGUGUAGCCUCAAUGAUGCAGAACAGUCACAGUGGCGUGAACCAGCUUGGUGGCGUGUUUGUUAACGGAAGACCGCUGCCGGAUUCCACCAGGCAGAAAAUAGUGGAACUUGCUCACAGCGGCGCGCGACCCUGCGACAUCUCCAGAAUACUCCAGACCCAUGAUGAAGUCCAGGUGCUGGACAGUGAAAAGGUAUCCAACGGCUGCGUGAGCAAGAUCUUGGGCAGAUAUUAUGAAACUGGCUCCAUAAGACCGAGGGCGAUAGGAGGCAGCAAGCCCAGGGUCGCCACUCCGGAGGUGGUCGCCAAAAUCGCGCAGUACAAGCGGGAGUGUCCGUCUAUCUUUGCGUGGGAGAUUCGUGACAGGCUCCUGUCGGAGGGGAUCUGCACCAACGACAACAUACCCAGCGUGUCAUCAAUAAACAGAGUCCUCCGCAACCUGGCUAGUGAAAAGCAACAGAUGGGCGCAGAUGGCAUGUAUGACAAGCUGAGAAUGCUCAACGGUCAGACAGGAACUUGGGGGACCCGGCCCGGCUGGUACCCCGGAACAUCAGUGCCAGGACAGCCCAACCAAGAGGGCUGCCAACAACAGGACGGCGCGGGAGAGAACACCAACUCCAUCAGCUCGAACGGCGAGGAUUCAGAGGAGACGCAGAUGCGCCUGCAGCUCAAGAGGAAACUGCAGAGAAACCGCACGUCCUUUACGCAGGAGCAGAUCGAGGCGCUGGAAAAAGAGUUUGAAAGAACUCAUUACCCGGAUGUCUUUGCGCGAGAAAGACUAGCGGCAAAAAUCGACUUGCCUGAGGCAAGAAUACAAGUAUGGUUCUCAAAUAGAAGAGCAAAGUGGAGGCGAGAGGAGAAGCUGCGGAACCAGCGCAGACAGGCCAACAACUCCUCCAGUCACAUUCCCAUCAGCAGCAGCUUCAGCACCAGCGUCUACCAGGCCAUCCCACAGCCAACCACACCGGUGUCGUUCACCUCGGGGUCAAUGCUGGGGAGACCCGACUCUGCACUCACAAACACCUACAGCGCGCUGCCCCCCAUGCCAAGCUUCACCAUGGCGAACAAUCUACCUAUGCAACCCAGCCAGACCUCCUCUUACUCCUGCAUGUUGCCUACCAGUCCGCCUGUGAAUGGGCGGAGCUACGAAACAUACACGCCCCCUCAUAUGCAGGCACAUAUGAACAGCCAAUCAAUGACCACUUCUGGUACCACCUCAACAGGACUCAUCUCUCCUGGAGUUUCUGUCCCUGUCCAAGUCCCAGGGAGCGAGCCUGACAUGUCUCAGUACUGGUCAAGACUACAGUAGAGAGAAGAGCUACUUCACCCUGUAACCACCCACUCCACCAUCGCCCUCCGGCAGUGCUCCUCACACAUGCAUGGCACAGGAGAGUAGAGACAGUUGAGAGGAGGCAACAGAGAGGAGAAGGGGAAAGAGAGAGAGCCUUGGGACGUCUGGGCUUUGUUUCUUCAUCGGGACAGUGUGCUGUUCUGUAGCUCUGGGCACAUUUGGACGAGGACUUAGACGAGAGAACAACGAUGGAAAAACUGAAAAUAUGGACCUCUGUAAAGUGCCCGAUGUUAAGUUUUUAUGGAACAAAAACUUAUCUGUUUUUUUCUAUUUCCAUCUUCAGUCAUUGUUUCCUUUUUUCUCUGGUGUGUUUGUAAAUGGCCAUUUGUAUGUUAUUAUGAAAAAAGAAAAAAAAAAAGACACGACAAAAUCAAGUACUGAUAGAUGGACUGCUAGAAAACCAUGUUGGUCUUGCGUUUGUUUGGAGGAGAACCAGAGAGAUUCUGCCAUGACUAUCUUUUAAUCCACUUAUAUCGAGACUUUGUAGCAGCCUUUGCAUGGUCUCUGGAUGCUUUUUGCAUAUCAAUGAAGACGAAAAAAGCUGGAGUGAAGACUUACCAUGUCAAAAAAGAAAAAAUAUAUAUUUAUUCGUUAUAUUUCCUAAGAAUGGAUAUUUCAAAGGGGAAAGUCCGACUCCAUCCACCCACUGAAGCUGCCUUCAGGGCACUUUUGGCACAUUGAAUUUACUGGCAUACUUACAAAAAAUAAAUGAAGAAUGACCAUCAGGAAAGAUGGUGUGCAAAACCAUUUUGGACCUCUUGUUUCGGUGGCUGGAUCGAGUCUACCCGGCGACGACGUGGAAAACAGGCAUAAAUGAAACCUGUAGUCUGUAAAUGGUAGACUGCAUCUUCAGUAUAAUCCAGUUUGUUUAUGUCAAAAAUGUAAAGUACUUGUCUUCCCGUGAAAUCUUCAACAAAAGAUUUCGAAAAAUAAAAGUUGCUUUCAUUUAUAUCCCCGAGAAUAUUUUAUAAAUGUUUCAUGCAUAAUGAAAUACAUUUCUUUAGGGUCAGGUACAAUUUGUCUCUUAGGUAUAGUUGUAAUAUAGUGUCCUAUGGUCAAAAAAUGUGCAACUAGAAAUAUUUAAUUCCUAUAAUUAUGAUUAAACAUUGCUUGACAGAGUUUUAAACUUAAGUGUUUGGCAGUUGUUUACAAGUACAUAUCAGAUUUAAUCAUUGUUGAUUGUAAAACAGACCAAAGCCUUUGUAUUUCAUCUAGUACACUGUUCUUUUUUUGUUUUAAGAUAUUAGUCUUGUGUUGCAAAAAUUUUGUAAACACAUUCUGUUUAAUUACAUUGGCUUCGAGUCCAGAAGACUGCAGUCGAACCCCGCAGUCCUUAUUUAUAAUUGAAGACCAGGGGAGGGUUUUUCUAGCAUCAUCUGUCAUGCUCUUUUUGAGUUUUUCUUUUUUUUUUUUUUUUGCAUUUCUAUUUCAGAGUGUACGGAGAACAUGGACACAUAACUGGGUUUACGUCAGCAUUGCUUCUGAGAUAAAAAUGUGUACACGCUGUCUCUUCAAUAUUUCAAUUUAAUUUUAUUUAAAAUGGAGCUUUCUAAAUGUAUUUUGUGAAAACUAUAAAAAAACAUUUUGUACAGUAAAAAAAUUGUGUCUUAAAGAAAGCCUUUUUUUGCGUAGUCAAUGCUGUUUUUUUUUUUUUUUUUUUUACAAAGCCAGCUACAAAUUCGAGCAUCUUUUGUGUUGACCGGUCCAGCUAAAACAGCCUGUAAAACAGAUUUCAACUCCUCAGAUUCCCACUGAACAAAGGUGACCAAAAUAACAAACCUCCCUUUCUGUAAGGGGCUGAAACCAGUCGACAAAGACCACACAACACACCACCGGAGCACAAUGAGAAAGGUCAAGCAAUUCACCAUCGCUGGCUGUUGUUUUAGUAGAGUUACGAUGGUAUGAAAAAGAGAAAAAAAAA